GUUUUCGCUCAUUUACCAGCGCCUGACAUCGGCGUGAAUUCACCUGACAGGCCGUAGAGAAGCUCCGCUUUCCGCCCAUGGGUCAGUGCUUUUAACAUGAGUCCGAUACGAGACGAAAUUGGCAGUAAACGACAGAGAUGGACGUCUUCGCCCGGGCAGCUGUCCAGGAAGGGGUUACGGAGAAUGACGCCUGUAUCGAUCGGCGCUAGCAAACGUUAGCUAUGGUCAGUCACACCAAAGUCAAAACGGCCGUCCGCCCUUGGAGGAUUUCCGUGCUUAGGAGGCGGUAAUAUUUUUGGGACGUCUUUGCCGUCCCGGUUCGCUUCGGCCCCUCUACGGAAAACUACGGCAAUGAGGCCUUGAGGAGAGCCGUCCAGCUUUAGAAGGAGCACAGGAUGAGGAGAUGAAUGGAGUGAAGGUGGAUGCAGAGCAAAGAGGAGAGGACUGUCAGCAGCUUCCUGCUCAAGGAGAGGGGGCUAUUCCAGACAUUGAGACACCAUGUACACCAGAGGAACCUGCUUUCAAACAAAGCAGCCGUCUGUCAAAACACUGUCACCGCUGUUCAGUAUGCAGCAGGGAGUUUUCUCGUCCAUCUCGGCUGGCGGACCACAUGAUCACGCACUCUGGCGACAAACCGCACAGCUGCUCCGUGUGUGGGAAGCGCUUCACAAAGAAGAUAAACGUGGUGGUGCAUCAGCGGGUUCACACCGGUGAGAAGCCGUACUCCUGUCCAGACUGCGGGGUCAGCUAUGCCCAGCUGGGCUGCCUGAGGAGGCACCGGCUCCGCCAUGCCGCUGAGAAGCCCCACCACUGCUCGGUGUGUGGGCGAGGAUUCAUUCAGCGGCGGCAUCUCGUGCAACACGAACGGACGCACACCGGAGAGAGGCCUUUCUCCUGCCCGCUGUGCCCCAAACGCUUCGCCUCCAGGACCGGCCUCACCGAUCACCAGAAAACCCACAAAGAGGAGAACUUGCACUCCUGCUCGUUCUGUGAAAAGGUUUUCUCCACACCGUCGUCCUUCAGGGAUCAUGUGAGGCUCCACACGGGGCAGAAGCCCCACCCCUGCUCACUGUGCUGCAAGAGCUUCAACCGGCCAGGCCUGCUGAAAAAACACCUGCAAAAACAUGCAGAGGAAAAAAAUGUGGCCAAAGCUGAAGAUGCUGCGAGAAGGGGGGAAACGCCUCAUCGCUGCUUCCUGUGCCACAAAGAUUUCUCCAACGCUGAGAAGCUGCAGCAGCACAAGCAGCUCCACCAGGGGGCGCUGCAGUUUGUCUGCGAUAUCUGCGGCCGAGGUUUCACCAGAGCGUCCCGGCUGAAGGAGCAUGUGAGAUCUCACACGGGAGAAAGACCGUUUCAGUGUGACGUCUGCAAGAAACGGUUCUCCAUGCAGAGAGUGUUCAGGAAGCACCAGGAGAUCCACAGCAGGCAGGGACACAGCACCACCCUGACUCCAGACAACAAGUCAGCUCUGUCAGGAGGCGACCGCCAGAAACCAAACGAGCAGCUCAGGGACUGCAGCAUGGAGGUGGUCUCAGCAGGUAGCGAUGGUCUGAUCGGGCUGCAGGAGCUGAGGGUCGAGUACAGAAGCAACCGAGAGGGAGAGGAGGCAGUGCAUUCCCCGCCUGACGGGAGACCCGGUGACCUGAAGAAGCUUCACAGCUGCUCCGUCUGUGGGAAGAGCUACCCAAGGCCAUCCAGACUCAAAGAGCACUUCAAGAUCCACGCGACAGAGAAGCUGCACCGCUGCUCGGUGUGCGGGAAGGCCUUCACCAACACCACCAACCUGAGAGCACACGAGAAGAUCCACAUGGCCGACAAACCCCACCCCUGCAGCGUCUGCCCCAAGAGCUUCCUGAGGCCCUGCCUGCUCCGCAAACACAUGAGGAUCCACAUCAGGGACGGAAUAAUCGCCGACCCUGCCGACAAGGAGUUCUGGCUGAAGAUGCAGGCUAUGGAGGACGAGAAGGGAGGGAUGAGGAUGAUGAUGAUGAAGGAGGAGGAGGAAGAAGGACUGGAUGAGCAGGACUCAGAAGACCUUUUUUCCACCACGGAGCCCUUCGUCCCGAAAUCCAGACCCCUACCUGGUAACCAUGGUGAUCAUGACGGCUCACCUUUGAGGGAGGACAACAGGGAAGAGAAUGAAGAAGGACACGUCAGCGGUUUGAUAAACUCUGACGGAGAGGAAGAGGACUGGAGACCAGCGCUCAUCAAACCAGAUGGCUGCUCGGAGAAGCAGGCAGACGGCGGCGGGGACGGUAAAAGGAAACACUGCUGUCCAGUGUGCAGUCGUGACUGCUUCAAAGCAUCGGCGCUGCAGAAACACCUGAGGAUCCACUCUGGCGAGCGUCCGUUCCAGUGCCCCACCUGCAGGAAGAGCUUCACCCAGCAGGUCCACAUGACGGAGCACCAGAGGAUCCACACCGGAGAGAAGCCCUACACCUGCACCGACUGCGGCAAGAGCUUCACCUUCUCCAGCGCUCUGCGCCGACACCAGCGGCUGCACACCGACGCCCGGCCGUACCAGUGCUCCGUCUGCCAGAAGACCUUCAAACAGCAGAGCUCGCUCAAGAGCCACCAGCUGACGCACUCGGGAGUCCGCUACCAGUGUCCGCUCUGCAGCAAGAGCUUCAGCCGCGCCCUUGAGCUCACCUACCACGUGGACGUGCACUCGGAUGCCCGACCCUACUUCUGCGACAUCUGCAAGAAGAACCUGAGCGGAGCCAGGAUCUUCCGCAACCACAUGAAGAAACACGAGUCACCGACCUCCCCGCUGUCGCCGAUGCAGCUGUCACGAGAAGGACCGAAGGAAGCCGAGACCAUCUCGGAAGGUCGGACAGCCCCCGAGCGUCUUUAAAGGAAAGGUUCGCGGUUUUCCGAGACUGUCGCAAAACAACAGCCAGGCGCCCACGUGAACGUAGAAACGGGUUUUACUUUCUGUAAUCAUUCCUCCUGUUCACAGCGGACAUGAGGAGAUCCUGUCAUACAGCACUUCCAGUGUACGUGAUGGAGGACAAAAUGUGCAGUGCUUGCUUUGUGCAAAAUUCCAUAGUUUACCUGAAGCUGCUAUGAGAGGAUUCCUCCCACAGUGACGGCCUGUUUCUGUCACUGUCCCUCCACUGCAGCUCAGCAGGGAAACUACUAGAAAGGCUGUACCUCUGGAAGAUUUCCACUCUGCCGAAUCCUCGGAUUAACUUCAGGUAAACUCGUGAAUGCUGUGGAUUCAGUCCCCAUCACUUCAAAGAGUCUUAGGAAGAAAUCUCUUAAUGGUCAGUAUGAACAGGAGGAAAGAUCACAGCAAGCAAAACCCCUUUCACUGCACAUGUGGGCACACCAGUGUCGUUUUAAGACAGUUGACCAAAAAAAAAAAAUCUGAACCUGUCCUUUAACAGGCAGAGAAGUGCUAAGACUCUUUGAGGAAAACCACAGGUCACCGAAAAGGCCUUUGACUUCUCGGCAGCCAGUCGUGUUUGGGCCAAAAGUCACGUAGGAACCAGUGAUGCCAGUAGGAGCUUUAGGCUGACGGACCAAUGGACAGACACUGACAGAACUGAGUGUCCUUCGUUAUGAUUCAGAUAUUAUCAGUUCAGUUCAAUAAAAGAAAAACUGAAGGACUGUAAAGGAUAGGUCUGGGUUUUUUAAAAGGAAUAGUUGAACACUUUGGUAAAUAGUCUCGUUCUCUUUGUCUUUGUGAGCGAGAUGUUCAGAUGGAUUCCAGUUUCGUGCCUGUGAGUAAAGUAGAAACCUGGAGUCAGGAUGUGGUGAACCUAGCUUAGCAUUAAGACUGAACACAGGGAGACACAGCCAGCCCGGCUCGGUCCAAAGCCGUUUCAUCUUUACACAAACAGGAGUCCGAACACCACAGUUUGUGGAUUUAGUGACGAGUUACAUGCUCCACCUCCAAGAAGUCACUGCACCGGAUCAAGAAAUAGUUCCGGCAUGCAACUCUCUCCCUGAACUGUGGACAGAAUAAAUAAACAAGAUGCAGCAUGAUAAUCCUUCAUCUUUAGACACGUUGGUGGGAGCCAGGUCAGCUAACCUCCCCCCCGCUUAUGCUAAGCUAAGCUAACCACAUCCUGACACCGCAUGAAAUUGAUCUCCAUCUGAGAACAAGAGCAUUUCCUCAACUUUUCUCCUCUUCGUAGCACGACUGCACCUAAGAGACGGAGGACAAAAUCAGCAGUGGACAUCCUCCACAGUUAAAGUGGUUUUGUUACUACUUUCCCUCUUUGAGUUUCCCGAAUGAAUAGUUUCUGAUCUCAUUUAAAACAAGCGAUUAGAUGAUGAAGAAACUGAUGAUCUCUAGCGAACAAAAUGAAAACACUGAUAUUGACCCAGACGUCCUCUCUGGCCCUCUGUGGUAAAUAUCUUGAUGUACAAUAACUGUGUGUGUGUGUGUGUGUGUGUGUGUGUCGGGUCACAGUAGAUAGCCUGGUCCAUCCUAUUUCAGAAAUCAACCUGGAAGAAAUAUCACUAAUCACUGCAAAGUUUUAACUCUGUAAGCCGCUAAAAGCGUAAAAAUGAACAUCAGGCUUUGGUUCAGCUGCUCUCUGCUCAUACACAUGUAAUAGAUUCACCUGCACAGACUAGAGCUGCAACGCUUAGUCGACUAAUAGGUCGAUCGACAGCUAUUCUGACGAUCAAAUAAUGGUUUUAGUCAUUUAAGCAGCAAUUUCAAACAGGAUAAACUGAACAUCAGUGAAUCGAAUAUGAAAAUAUUUGUUAGAUGCGGCCCUGCUCACAGCCCAGUACAACCGUUCCACAGUAACGUCAACUUCCAUGUGGUCCGGUACAACAGCAGCUUUAACUAUGAGCCCAGUAAUAAACAAGCAAUGCAGUCUACACUUUUCUGACAGUGGCACCAAGAGCCGAGCGUUAGAAACCUCGUAAAGGUCGAAUUUAUGGCAGAGCUGUUGUAUUACGUUGCGGCAGAUGGUACGGGUGUACCUAAUAAAGUGGCCGCUGAGUGUAUGUAACCGGUAACGACGAGUAGCGGUAGAUGUGGCUUCUCUAGAAAGGAUCAAAAGCCAAAAUCAAUCUGGGAUGGCCAAAGUUUUUCUGAGUCCGAACCCGGGGUCACUUCAGUCAGUAAAACCAGCAGGAGGCGGUUCACACAACAAACAGCUCUUUAUCCAAACACGCAGGUUUAUUUUCAAGCCGCUCUUUUAAGUUCCUGGUGCUUUUUAAUGUUUGGUGCCAUGAACACAACUCAGUCACCGCUCAGAUUAUCACGAGAGUGUAAGCGUGAUUUAAAAACAAAGCCAGCUGACACACACACACACACACGGGCCGGAUGUCGCCUUUCCACGUGAGGGUCAAAGGUCAGCGCCUUGCUCGAGGACACCUUCUAAGGUCGAUCGGUCGACCCAAAGACGGUUAGUGUUUACCCAGGAGGCCGUUCUGCUUCAUUACACCCCUGUAGGUGUAACCAAAGGGCGGGAACGUGUCCGUGUAUUUAUGGUAGAAAUCACUGAAAGUCCGCGGCGGCUGUCGUCGUCUCUCUAAAGCUCAAUGUUCAAUAAAGUCACUCAGACACUAAA